UGUGUUGACAACUUGGCACUUUUGAAACAUAUUGAAGAAUGCUUCUCUACUUACUCUAUUUUACAGAUAUCAAUAAGCUUAUGCCUUCUUUUUUCUAACCUGAAGUUAUCAUUUACUUCAGUAUUGUAUUCUUCAUUGAUCUUCAGAUGUAAAUCCAAUAUGGAAUAUAUAUUUAAUGUAAUUAUAUGCAAAUAAAGACACUUUUAACUCUCAGCCAUGGGCAGAUGUUCAAGCUGGUGCCCUUGUAAACCAUAACAAUACUGAAAGCACAUAAAGGCUUAGAUAUUUUUUUUAUGAAAGCACAUAACAAUAUCGCAGUAUGUAUCAAGUAUGACCCAGACUGGUUCUUAGGCAUAUACAAUGGUUCCUCUCUUUCUCUGUUUUGAUCUGGUAGGCAAACAAGAAGAUGAAACAUUUGUGCUCAUAUAAUUUAUCCUUAGCACUUGAAUGCAAAUCCUGAUGUACUUAUCAUGCAUCAUAUAAUGUCCCAGUGGAUUCAUGAUUUGCUUCAUGUGUUUCAUUGCAUAUUCUGAAUGAUAGGGGAUACUGGAUCAGUCACAUUAGAUGUUAUCUCAGUCAGAUUGGCACCAUUAUGGAUUAAUGAGCAGAAGUCAUGGCAAGUUACUCUAGUCAAGAUUGAAAUGAACGAUCAAGAGUUGCGUAAGGUAGUUGGGAUCAAAUCUAACAAUAAGAAAGCAAAUAAUCUGAGUCAAAUUGUUUCUGUGCCUAAUUUGAAAGCAAAACCUCUAAAGAAAAUACCAGAAAGAUCCAGUCUCCAACAAAUAACUGCAGAUCAAUAUGCCUCUCGCAAUGCAAUGCUAUCAUCACUUGUUGUUGCUUGGUCACCAGUUAUGCACUGGAUGUCUGAAACUGGGUCAGUUUCUACAGAUUACUCAUCCGAUCAUUGUUCUAUACUUGCAGUUUGGUCUACCGAUGCAUUAUGGUCAGUGGUUUUAACUGUUUUUCUGUUCUAUUAA